AUGGACCGACCAAGUGACGAUGAUGAAGAUGCGGAGUUGGACCUCGACCUCCUGGCGAUCAACGAGGACGACGUGCGUCAAACCGUCUACAAGCAGACUGGCAAGCGCAAGAGUGAAGCAAGACCCGGCAUGUCACGUUCAGCUCGCCCUCGAACUGGGUUGGAACAAGCAAGUGCGCCGGAACACGUCUCCAACCGUCACCAGAAACGACGAUCAAGUGCUCCAGAAACGAUGUCUGAUGACGAAGAAGAUGCAAGCGUCUACAAUCAAGAUGACGACUCGACGCCUCCAACAUUUUGGCGUGCAAGUGCAAACGCAGUGGAAGCAACGGACCUAGCAGAACCUGUGACUUUUCAAGACGCGAUCAAUGGUCCUGAUCAAGCUCACUGGCGAAAUGCUGUGAAGGCGGAACUCAAGUCGAUGCAUCUUCGUGGAGUUUUCCGUGCGACAAAACUGCCAAGAGGCCAAGGCGCGAUCGGCACCAAGUGGGUGUUCAAGAUCAAGCGCAAAGCGGAUGGAUCGGUCGAGAAAUACAAGGCGCGUCUCGUUGCCAAGGGCUUCAAGCAGAAGUACGGCAUCGACUACACAGAGACGUUCUCGCCCGUGGUCAAGUACGUGACACUGCGUAUGGUGAUCGCGAUCACCAAGUAUUUCGACUGGCCACUGGACCAACUCGAUGUGGUGACAGCCUUUCUCUACGGAGUGAUGAAGGAGAAGGUGUACUGCGUGAUACCAGAAGGCGUCGAGAUGGAUGGCGACUUCGACUGUCUCGAGUUGGUGAAGGUGAUCUACGGUCUCAAGCAAGCUUCACGUGUGUGGAACGAGACUUUCGACGAGUUUGUAUGCUCUAUCGGUUUCGAGGCGUCGGCGUUCGACCCAUGUCUCCACAUCAAGGUUGUCGACGGUCACUGUGUGCUCGUGCUGGUCUACGUGGAUGACGUGUUGGUCACCGGCAGCUCGCUCGAGUUGAUUGCGCAGACGAAGGCCGACCUCAAGACGCGUUUCGAGAUGACCGACAGUGGCAAGUGUACUUUUGUACUGGGCAUCGAACUGGUGGAUGAAUCGGGUGGCAGCGUGACGAUGUGCCAGCGACGGUAUGUCAACGACAUCCUCAAGCGCUUCGGCAUGGAUGAGUGCAAGGCCACAGCAAGUCCGGUCGACUUGAGCACUCGGCUUGUCGCAAGCACCGAAGCGGCCAAGAUCGACGUUCCGUUUCGUGAAGCUGUGGGAGCUUUGAUGCACUUGACGACUGCGACGCGCCCGGACAUUGCGUAUGCUGUGGGGUACGUCUCGCGCUUCAUGGAGAAUCCGCAGCAAGAACAUUGGACGGCGGUGAAGCGCAUCUUUCGUUACUUGCAAGGGACCAAGUCGCACGGACUCCGCUUCCAGCCAAGCGACAAGAUCGACUUUCGUGGCUACUCGGACGCGGACUGGGCCGGCGACCACGCUGAUCGCAAGUCGACUUCGGGUUACACUUUCAUGCUGAUGGGUGCUCCUGUGAGUUGGGGAAGCAAGAAGCAGUCAAGUGUGUCGCUGUCGACGAGUGAAGCGGAAUACAUCGCACUGAGUCUGGCCAUCCAGGAAGGCAAGUGGGUGCAUCGCCUGCUAUGCGAGAUUUUGGCGGCCGCAAACGAACCAGGACCGGACCUCGUCAUCCGUGAAGACAACCAGUCGUGCAUCGAGAUGACGAAGAAUCCGGUGAAUCAUGGCCGCGCCAAGCACAUCGACAUCAAGUACCAUCACAUCCGUGAUGAGGUCAAGCGCGGUGAAGUGAAGCUCGAGUAUUGCGAGACUUCCGUGAUGAUGGCGGACAUCAUGACCAAGGGACUUUCCGGACCUCGUCACAAGGACUUGACGACGGCUCUCGGCAUUCGUGCGAGUUCGGAUUGA